GGUGGUGUGCGGCGGCGCUGUCGCCGAAGGUGAAAGGGGGUCUUGUUCCUCUCGAGUCCAGGAACACGAUUGUGGCGUCCGUUUCUCCAAAAUCUCAGCCAUGUGUUCAGAAGAGUCAGUUGCUGGCUCGCCAGAAAUCGCUUCCGGCGGCGGCUCACGGCGGAGGGCGGCAUAACAGAAAAUUUGUUGAGGGGUUUCGUUGCGGAUGAUGAGGGGAGUACGAUGGUGGUGUUGGUUCCUCCAAAUGAUGAGUGGUUCGCCAGAGAUCAGAGAUCAGGAGGAGAAGGUAGCUGAAACGCACCGUUUAAUAUUAAUUUGGUUUGUUUUAAUAAAAAGGAGAUUAGAAAAAAAAAAGAGAAAAAAAAACAAUUGUUUAAUUAAAAUUAGAUUGCAACGUGCCCCCACACACCCCUUUUAGCAAACAGUGAAACCCAAUUUCUUUCUCUCUGAAUUCGCCGCCAUCCUUCUCCUCAUGUGCGCUACCUUGUGACAAUCUCUUUCCCUUCAACUCCUAUUCUUCUUCAAAUAAAAGAACCCUACAGUACCCACGUGAGAUAGGUGACAGUGAAGGAAGUGUUAUUCCACCAUAUUAGAUACACAUUCAUAUUGGAAAGAAUUCAAAUUGGAAAGCUUUGACAUUCACGUGGGAGACCUUGGGAAUAAAAUUUGGAAACCAGAGUUGCAGAGAGGAGUACUUGGCCAUUCAAGUUGCAUAGUUUAAUUUUCUUUAAGGUGAAAUUUAAUUGUGGUGUUCAGAUUUACCGGGUGAAGAUAUGUUGGGUUGUCGCGCAUUUGCUGAGGACGGUCCAAUUGUUUCGUCAUAGCUAUUCUUCAGCAGCUGAGUAGCAAGCUGUUCCUGGAUUCAGAUUGUCAGUUGUCUUGCUGGUGAGGAUGCCACCAAAGACUAGGGGUGCUACUAGAGCGACGACUUCUCGCAAUGUUAUUCCCCAACCUGAUGACCCUCCUCUGAGGGAUCUUGUUGGAAGUCGUGGUGGGGGCAGGCGAGGGGGAACCAGGGCUGGUGAGCGCAGGUUUGUUGCUAAUGUAUUCAAUGUUCAAGUUCCUAGACGAAGAAGAGGAACUAUAGGAGCAAUAGAUCUUUCAGACAAUGAGCCAAUAACAAAUGAGGCUGAGCAAACACUUGGUGAUGGACAACAACUUCAGAUAGUUACUGGGCAACAGACAGAGGUUGGAGUGAGAGGGCAGCAAUUGGUGGGGGCUACUCAGGGGAUUGCAGUCACACUGAUUGAUUUUAUGAAGCUGAAACCCCCUACUUUUAGUGGAUCUGGUACAAGCGAUGAGCCACAACGAUUCAUUGAUGCUUUGGAGAGGCUAUGGAGGGCAUUGGGAUGCACAGAUACACGGGCAGUGGAGUUGGCAUCAUUUCAGCUAGAGGGUGUAGCACGUGAUUGGUACAAUGUCUUGACUCGUGCGAAACCAGUGGGAUCACCUCCAUGGACAUGGGCUGAUUUUUCGGCGGAAUUCAUGAACUGCUUCCUUCCACAGAGUGUUAGAGAUGGCUUUGUUCGUGAUUUUGAGAGGCUAGAACAAGCUGAGGGCAUGACAGUUUCUGAGUACAGUGCUCAUUUUACCCAUCUUUCUAGAUAUGUUCCCUAUCCUCUUCCAGAGGAGGAGCGUGUCAAGAGGUUCGUCAGAGGACUCAAAGAGUAUUUGUUUAAAUCUGUAGUUGGGUCUAAAUCUUCCACUUUCUCUGAGGUAUUGAGUUUGGCACUUCUGGUUGAGCAGCGACAGAAGGAGAAGGGGAGUGCUACACAGAAUUCACAGAAGAGGCCGCGCUUUGAGGGAUCUCAUGGUACUCAUUCGAGUCAAGGCAGUGGUUUUACACCUCGUCACCAGGGGCAUUCAAGGACAGUGGUAUCUGGGAGUGCUUCUAGUGGCCAUUCUUCAGGCUUCGUGCAGAAUCGCAGAUCUGAUUUUGGUGGGUCUUCACGGUCUGUUACCCCUCAGAGACAUUCUGGUGCUAGAGCUACAUCAUGCCCUACUUGUGGCAAGUUCCACUCUGGAACUUGCUUUGGAGAUAAUAGGGUGUGCUAUUAGUGCGGU